AUGAACUUAAAUCCAUCAAUAACAGAUGUUUUUUCAAGUGCAAGCUUUGCAGGACAUCAUGCAGCAAAAAACAAAAGUACAGAUCCUUCAACAGUAACAUGGAGUUCGAGAGGAAAAGGAAUAUACGCUUAUAUUCUUUCGACAUUAAGUUUCACCAUAGUUUUGAAAUAUACAAGCGUCGGAUUUUCAGUUAGUUUCACGGAAAUUUUACUUGGACGUUACGUCACCGGAAGCUUCGUACGAAUAUACGAUAUGUGUCCAAUGGCAAAAGUUGUAUCAUGCAUCGCAAUCGGAUUUAAAUUUCACAUAAUGGUAUAUUUAUUCAAAUAUGCGAUAACGCUUUUCGAAAGACGGUUAAUAUGGGAAAGAUGCGAAAAACCAUGGGCGAAAAAAAAUUGUUAUUCUUUAACUGGAAAUGCGACAUAUUACAAAAUGUGCGUUCAAGAAUUCAAUGCAUCUUAUUGUAACGAACUCUAUUGGGAAUCUUCUGGAAUGCAAUAUUGGAAGUAUGUAGUACUGGAUGAUUUUAAUUUCAUACUUUUUAAUCUUUUUACAUUGUUGGGCUUUUGCAUAGCAGUUUUUGUUCUUAAUUAUAAAGGAAUUAGAAGUUUGGAAAAGGCUUUCACAUUACUUUUGUGGAUUCCAAUGUUCCUGUCUGUAUUAUUAGGAAUGAUUGCAUUUACACGACCAGGUUUUCUUUCUGGAAUGGAAAGUUUAUGGGUAUUCCAUUGGGAGAAGUUAUUAAACUAUGAUUUAUGGCUUUCCGCAUUUGAAAACACUUUCCUUGUAAACAAUAAUGGUUUAUUUGUAUUAUCCUUCAUAUCUUCCCAUAGUAAUUUUUACGAUGAUGUCAUGUACGACGUUUUGGCUGUGAUUUUUUCACAUGUAUUUUUUGGCUCAUUUUUAAUUGCCCCAAUUUUUAGCGUUUUAAAAGUAUAUGGAAACGUUCCAAUAAAAAAUUUUCACGUCGGAAGUCAAACUGUAUUAUGUUUGGCAGUUGUCGAAGCGUUUGUAGAAUUAACAGAAAAUCGAAUUAAUAUUUAUUAUGUAUCCGGUGGAAUGGCAGUUUUGGAAUUAACAAUGUCGGAAGCAUUAAUUUAUCCAUUUCAAUUUUCUGUCGCGACAAAUGUAUUAUUUUUUUUACUUGUUAUUCAAUUAGUUUACGGUUAUAAAAGAUAUAAUGACAACUUUCAUUUUAUGAUGGGUUAUCAGCCUCCAUUUAUUUUUCAUUGUUUGGAAAUAUCAUCGACGGAUCUAUUACAAGCUUUUAAAUAUAAUGCUUCUUGGGGCCCUAAAGUUCCUCUUUUAAGCAAAAGUAGAGUUGUUUUUAAUUCGAAAGACAUAACUAAGGAAUUUAUGUAUCGUAAAGAACUUUAUAAAAAGCCAUUCAUGAAAACUAAAGAUUUUAGCGACCAAUUAUACUGGGUGUUGUAA